CGUUAAGUUAAAGGGUUUGAAAAAACGUCCCAACGCUGUCACAUCAAGGUGACCUUCAAGUAAAACCAGUUUGACGUUUGCUAACCUAUAAAAACUAUUUUCAUUUGGAUAUUCUACCCGCGAAGUCAUGUAUCCCGCACCCGAAUUUACGUAAAUAAAUUCCGUAAUACCUCUUACAGUGCCAAACUCGCUUCCUACCACGUUUUACUUAGUGUUUUAAGUGAUAAAACUGUGAAGAGAACACUUUUUGUUGUCGGUGAUAACUCGCGUGUUUUUAUUCGAACACAAUGUCGCGCGACAGAACAUCCCGCCGGUUCUACCGCGCGGAGUCUACGCACGACCUUCUCUCCUACAUGGACAAGGGACAGGCGGCCAGCGACGAGAACCGCUGGACUUUUGAGACGGCGUGGGAGGCUGCUAACAAAGUUGGUGGCAUCUACACUGUGAUCCGGUCGAAAGCCUAUGUGUCUGUCGAGGAAAUGGGAGAAAACUACUGUUUGCUUGGUCCGUACAAGGAAACCUGCGCCCGCCAGGAGGUGGAGGAGCAGGACUUCCCCCCCAACUCCCCCCUCUCUGCCGCCGUCAACGCCAUGAGGAACCAGGGGUACAAGCUCCACACCGGCACCUGGCUAGUGGACGGCAACCCUCAAAUAAUCCUGUUCGACAUCGGUUCGGGCGCGUGGCAGUUGGACGGUUACAAACAAGAGCUCUGGGACACUUGCUCUCUGGGCAUUCCACACUUGGACAUUGAGGCCAACGAUGCUGUCAUAUUAGGGUUCAUGGUGGCCCAAUUCGUUACUGAGUUCAGAAAAGCCGCUGAAGGUUACAGCGAUACCCCGCCUCGAGUUGUGGCGCAUUUCCAUGAGUGGCAGGCGGGUAUUGGACUCAUUGUACUCAGAGUACGUCACGUAGAUGUCGCAACGGUAUUUACUACGCACGCAACACUGCUCGGCCGGUACCUGUGUGCUGGCAAUACGGACUUUUACAACAAUUUAGAUAAGUUCUCAGUGGACGAGGAGGCGGGAAAGAGACAGAUAUACCACCGCUAUUGCAUGGAGAGGGCAGCGGCGCACAUGACGCAUAUUUUCACCACAGUGUCAGACAUUACAGGUUACGAAGCUGAACACCUUUUGAAACGCAAGGCUGACUUCAUCACACCAAACGGUCUGAACGUGAAGAAGUUCUCAGCAUUACACGAGUUCCAAAACCUCCACGCGUUGGCCAAGGACAAGAUACACGAGUUUGUCAGGGGACAUUUCUAUGGCCACUUCAACUUCGACCUGGAUAAGACGCUGUAUUUCUUCAUUGCCGGUCGAUACGAGUUCGGGAACAAGGGGGCGGACAUCUUCAUAGAGGCUUUAGCUAGACUCAAUCAUUAUUUGAAGGCUGCAGGCUCAGACAUGACCGUAGUAGCGUUCCUCAUCUUCCCCGCGAAAACCAACAAUUUCAACGUGGAGAGCUUGCGCGGCCACGCGGUCACCAAGGCACUAAGGGAUACCAUCAACGAUAUACAGCAGAAAGUUGGCAAACGGAUGUACGAGAUUUGCUUAAGGGGACACCUGCCUGAGCCGUCGGACCUGCUCCAUAAAGACGAUACCGUGCGGCUAAAGCGGUGUAUAUACGCGUUACAGCGAGACGGCUUGCCUCCUGUCACUACGCAUAACGUGGUGGACGAUUGGAGCGACCCGGUUUUAAACGCCGUCAGACGUUGCCAAAUGUUCAACACUAUCAAUGAUAAUGUUAAAGUAAUCUUCCACCCAGAGUUCCUGACCUCAACCAACCCUCUCUUCGGGCUGGACUAUGAGGAAUUCGUCCGAGGUUGCCAUCUCGGCGUCUUCCCGUCGUACUACGAGCCGUGGGGCUACACGCCUGCCGAAUGUACUGUCAUGGGGAUACCUAGCAUCACGACUAACUUAUCAGGUUUUGGCUGUUUCAUGCAAGAACACAUCGCCGAUCCUAUGUCUUAUGGCAUCUACGUUGUGGACAGAAGGUACAUUUCCCUGGAGGGAUCUGUUCAACAACUGGCGCAGUACAUGUUUGACUUUACCAAGAUGUCAAGAAGGCAGCGUAUCAUUCAAAGAAAUCGUACGGAGAGGUUAUCCGAUUUGAUGGAUUGGAGAAAUCUGGGAAUUUACUACCGCCAAGCGCGAGCCCAGGCGCUUAAGACCGUGUACCCAGACUACGUAGACCAAAUGGACAUCGAGUUAGGGAAACGAUUCAACUACCCCAGACCCAUCUCUGAACCUCCCAGCCCCACACAUUCUAUACGCAACCUCCGGCCGACGUACACAAACACAAAAGAUAUCGACACUCAAACCGACAAGCCCUCCGCUACGUUCAGCAUUCAACAAUCCCUCGAGCUCCUCGACAUCCAAAAUGCACCUUCCACCGACGGCAUAGAGCUCAAUUUCGAGAAGCCAUUCAAUGAGUCAGAGAAUGAGAACUAUAGGACGCCCAAUGAGAAUUUUCUGGAACCCCUGAGCGAAGCUGUGGUGGAACAGAUUGACCAGCUGAUAUCAAAGCUGAAUGACUGUGCGGAUAAAUAGGGUAUAUUAUGGGGCAACUACACCUGCAGCAUCAGUCCAUGGCUCAGACGACGAAGACGAGGUAGACGAAGAAAAGGAACUGGCUGAAUUGAGGAUCAGUGACAAAUAAAAAAAAAAACAAAAAAGUUCAAUACGGGUAAGUCACAUUGGGGCCUGUUUACACAUUCAUUAGUGUUUAUUGUGAGUUCACAUACUCAGUUUCCCAGGUAGGAAAUGUGUGAAAUUGGAAUGAACACUACAGUAAUUAAGCGCUGGUGGCUUAGUGGUAAGAGCGUGCGUCUUGCAAUCCGGUCGCGGUUUCAAACACCGGCUCAUAUAGUCGUUAGAUUUGUAGCUGGCCCCCAACGGCUUAUCCUUUGUCUAUUGUUAAUUAAAAUGGCGCGUGCCACUACCGUUAUUUAAUUACAACUCCUAUGGUAAUUGGAAUAAAAUUCAAAAUGAACAAAUGGAAAAAUAAUUUGCGAUUUCUUGUGUGGUCCCUAUACGGUUAGUGAGUGCCGGCGAGUCGAGCGCUACCUAACCAGUCUAAAAUGUGUCCUCGAUAUGCGUAACAAAGGCGCGUUAUCGGGGAGCGCACUUACACUGGUUUUUUGAGCGUCGGACUAGCCCGCGCUCAGGUGCCAAUUAGAAUUAUACGACCUUUUUUUUCAGGUAGUGGCACGCGCGGUUUUAGUUAACAAUAGACAAAAAAUUAGCCGCUUCGGGCCAGCUUCAAAUCGAACGACUAUACCAAUGUGUUUUCGGGGGUCUCUAUUGUUUCCCGUAAAAUCAUAAUGUAUUGUUUGUCCGCAUUUUCGUUAGUCAUAAUUUGUUUUUUUUCUCAGAAACGCGUAACUAUUCAGGAUUGCCAUAAAACAAACCUAUCUUUAGGAUAAUCUUACGAAAAUCCUGAAAAGUUAACGCUUUCAGAAUUAUGACUAAUGAUAAUCUGACAAACAUUACAUUAUGACUUUCAAUAAUUAUAACAAAGGGAUCCGGUCUUUCGGAACUCCUGUACGAAAUAUCAUUUGAUAUUUACCAGUCGCUUUUCGGUGAAAGAAAACAUCGUCAGGAAACCGGACUAAUCCCAAUAUAUAAACUAGACCUCUAGUUUACCCUCUGGGUUGGAAGGUCAGAUGGCAGCUUUCGUAAAAACUAGUGGCUACGCCAAUUCUCGGGAUUAGUUGCCAAGCGGACCCCAGGGAAUGAGCCGUGGCAAAAUGCCGGGACAACGCGAGGAAGAAGAAGGAACACUAAUCAAUGUGUAAACAGGCCCUAAUGUGAAGGCCAGCCACACAUACCCGUAUUGACUUUAGGUAUCUUCUAAUGUGCACCUUAUCGGCUAAGAUAUAGAGUAUAAUUUAGAAAAAACUAUACUUAUAUGCGCUUUUAUCGUGAAUAAUUGAUUUUUUUAAGUUACACUUAAUUACGACCCCGUAAUUAUUUUUUGAACAUUUACCGAGCAGCAAUGUUUGCAACAACAAUGUACUGCAAACAUUACGAUAUAUAACACGACAUUACGAGAUACGAGCUUUUUAAAGCAACUGUCAACAGGCGACCGUUAUUAAAGUUACUAUAAAAAGCUCGUAACUCGUUUUGCUUUACAUUGCGAGCCGAAUUAUUUUGCAUGGUUUAUAUUUUCAUUGUAUUUCUAAGCAAAAGUUAUCUCAAUAUACUUGUUAGAUCCUAUGCUAAACACCGUUUAAAGGUUAUUGAAUUUACACGCUGUAUGUACAUACCUAAAGACCUAAAGUUAAGUCCAAAAAGCAAACCGUUGAUAGUUAUUUACUUUGCAGGGGGCAAAGUUGUUGCUUAACACCUUUGGCUAAUAUUUGAUACCCGAGCAAGCGAAGUAUUCUAAAAUUAUGAAGGCGAAAGGUUCAAAAAUUUAAUCUUGAGCUUGCGAGGGUUUCAAAGAAUCUUGAGCCUGGUCUAGUGGGUAGUGACCCUGCCUACGAAGCUGAUGGUCCCGGGUUCAAAUCCCGGUAAGGGCAUUUAUUCGUGUGAUGAGCUCACGGAUUUUUGUUCCCGAGUCAUGGGUGUUUUCUAUGUAUUUAAGUAUUUAUAUAUUAUAUAUAUCGUUGUCUAAGUACCCUCAACACAAGCCUUAUUGAGCUUACUGUGGGACUUAGUCAGUUUGUGUAAUAAUAUCCUAUAAUAUUUAUUUAUUUAUUUAUUCAAAGCAUUAAACAAACUUUGCUCCCAUGUGAAACACAAAAUUGUUCACUACACCUAGGAAAUAAUUACUAAUCAAAUCUAAACGAACGCUAUUAACCUUUCGAGACCCGUGGUCUCCCUGGGUAGCCAGCUUAAAAAACCAAUGAUGGAAUGUCGCUAUUUUAGUCCGGGUCUCGAAAGGUUAAAUAUUUAUCAUUUUAAAGUCAAUUCUACCAGCCAACAUGAGAAUGAACUCAUUGCGUCAACUUACUUGACUUACAGAAAGAUAAAGAGCUGGUGUAGUGAAAAAUAUUUGCAAGAAUUAAGUUAAUGAAUUUAUGAAUUCUUUUUUUGUCUUAGUGCAAUAUCAGGUAAAAAGACACUGUGCCGUGUUUAAGAGAAUAUAUUUUUCUAAUGUUAUUUCUGUUAAAAAAAUUAACUUGCCUUUUUAUAUAGUAUGAAUUUAUUUUCAUAAGUUUUAAGAUAUUUUCUUAAACUGAUUUUAAUUAUCAACUAUUAUCGUAUGAUAGCUAUAGUCUGUAUCUUUAGGUAUUUAAAAAAAGGUAAACAAACAAUUUGUACAUUUUCGGGUAGUUUUAAUAUUUAUUGGUUAACCAACCAAAUACAAAACCGCCUGGAUCUGUCACUGAACGACCAGACUUUAAACCUACAUUAUUUGAUCAUGUAAUGUUUUCAUCUACCCUCAGCUGCCUUAAGGAGCCAUUUGAGGGUAGAUUUUGUUUACCUUUUUUUAAAUACCUAAAGAUACAGACUAUAGGAGAGAUCCUUAAUAUGAAUAAGUUUGUAUUUUUCUUUAUAUAUAUAUUACGAAUAUAUGUCCCAGGUAUUUAGCCUAACAAAAGCAAUAUAAAAAAAUCAAAAGUUUUUCGAAACUAUUUUAAAGUUGUUAUAAAAUUUUCGGUAAGAGGGUUUUAUUUUUACGGAUUUUAGAAUUGUUAUCUCUUUUUAUAAAAUUUUAGAUAAAUAAUUAUGUAUUUAGAAAAUGUUCUUCCACAAUUGGAUGAAAAUGCUUGUAGUAUUUUAAAUAUCUUUUAUAAUUAUGGUAACAAUAAACAUGAGAAUAAAUAAAACCGGCCAAGUGCGAGUUGGACUCGCGCACCGAGGGUUCCGUACAAACCGGUAGGUAUAUUUUAUUAUAUGAUGUAACUAAAAAUUUACAGUUUUCGCAAUUUUUUCUUUAUCUGUGCUAUAAGAUAUUGGUUCGCACCAAAUUUCAAAAUACUGAGUUCACGGGAAGUACCCUGUAGGUUUUGAUUCCCUUGCGAGUGUCGAAAAUUUGCGGAAAGAUGCGGCAUAAACGGCUGUAUCUUUUAAUUGCGUUGGCUUAGAAGUUUUAUUUUUUCACAGCUCCAAGGGACAGUAGACCUUAGUAUUUGAUAUAAAUCCCAGCUUGAUACCUCCACGCGUUCCUGAGAAAAAAGGUCUUGACAGACAGACAGACGGACGGACGGACAACAAAGUGAUCCCAUAAGGGUACCGUUUUUUCCUUUCGAGGUACGGAACCCUAAAAAGCUGCAAAUUUAUAUGAAAAGUUUAUCAGAAUUGUCUAACGAUUGACAUGUUCAAAACCUAAUAUUUUUAAAUAUUGAAUUGGAUCAUAAUUUCUUAAACUGCGAUAAUCAGUCCAGUUUUUAAGGAGUUUACCUUCUAAUAAAAUUGUUCGUGAAAGUUAUUUCCUCAAAGGCUAACUGCGAGAAAUCCCAUAUAGGGAUAAGUUCGCCUUUGUUGUAUUUAAUUUACUCCUUUUCCUUACUCGCUUGCUUUACCUGAUUUUGCUGAAGUUUUUCUCUGUGGGUGCCUUAGUGAGACAUACGACAUCCGAAGCCGAUCGUUCGGUUCCGAGUUGCCUCAGGUAUAUUGCAUUUUUGGCGAAAAUUGUAUUGCCGAAUUUCACUUACCUAACUACUUUACCGAAGAAUGCUAAAAAUAUCAUGGAGAGAUCGAAUAACCAAUGUAGAAGUUUUGCAAAGAAUGAAGAAAAAAUUGGAACUUUUGGAAACAGUAAAGAAAAGAAAGAUCUCAUACUUUGGACAUAUAUAUCGUAACAAUAAAUAUGUAAUUCUAAGGAAAAUAAUAGAAGGCAAAAUAGAGGGUAAAAGAAGUAGAGGAAGAAGGAAGCUAGCCUGGAUGGAUAACAUUAAAAGCUGGACUCAUAUUAAGGACGCUGCUAACCUGAGCAGAAUAGCAAAAGAUAGAAAUAAGUUCCGAGAGAUGGUCGCCGACGUCAGAUGAUGACAUGGCACAAAAGGAAGAAGAAGAACAACUUUUACUAAAUCAUUAUUUCGCAACCAUUUCAUUUCCCAUCCCCAUAGUUGGGACAUUUAUUUAUUUAAUCGUACGGCUUAUACAAAAAAAUAGGCAGUUACAUAAAUAUUACAGAAUAAAAAUUACAUUACAAUUAAAAUUAAAUGUCAAUAUUCAGAGCGUUCAGCCACGCAAUUGCGUCGGGUGUUAGGCGCAGCAGGUCCUCUGGUGGUCCCGAGUAUGAGUUGUUGGGAAAUGAAAUUUGUGUACUAGGUUGGAUUAUGUAAAGUUGCGAAAAGUUGGUUGCCAAGUGAAAUUCGGCAAUACAAUUUUCGGCGAAAAGGCAGAGAACCGUUGCCAAGAUCUACGGACGGUUCAUAUUUAUUCCCUGUUGAUUGCUACUAUAAUAAAGACAUACAUUUUUUAAGAUUUUAAUGAUCGUUAGCGAUGUCUGUUUAAAAUAGUCUUUUUACUGCCAUUUUAGUGUUAAGUGUCGUAAUGUUUUUCAAACUAUACAGGGUGGGGAAUCCGAACGGAUCAAUAUGGAAAAUACUUAAAGUAAAUAAGUAAUGAUUUGUUAAAAUUGUAACUCGUAGGUAAAUAAUGACCGAUUAAUCUUAUUGAAAACCAGGCUGUCCAUUGAGUUUUAAAAGAAAGUUAUAAUAAUGUAAUCAAUGAUGUUAUAAAACUAUAGUUAGCUUAUACUCAUAUACAAGGAGCACAAAAAUACUUCCAUAUUUAUUUAGUUACGUCCGAAUAAAUCUGUUUUUGUGAUUAAUUAUCGCUUACUAUUUAUCUUUGUUCCACUCGUUGUUGAACAUAGGGUUGUCCCUUUCUCUUGUGAUGUGCGGGAGCUCGUUAGCACGUGGACAUCUGUCGUUUGCCUAGGCGCGGCUGAAGAGCAUUCUGUACAAUUGUCACAAGUACAAGUAUUUUUUUUUAAUACUACGUCGGUGGCAAACAAGCAUACGGCCUGCCUGAUGGUAAGCAGUCUCCGUAGCCUAUGUACGCCUGCAACUCCAGAGGAGUUACAUACGCGUUGCCGAUUCUAACCCCCCCCCCCUUGAGCCCUGGCAACCUUACUCACCGGCAGGAACACAACACUAUGAGUAGGGUCAAGUGUUAUUUGGCUGCGGUUUUCUGUAAGGUGAAGGUACUUCCCCAGUUGAGCUCUGCUCUAGAUCUGGAAUGACAUCCGCUGUACUGUGCCCUACCACACAAGGCGAGAUAACAUUCACAUGAGAUAUUUGACUUUAUAGCAAAAGUGAAUAGCCCACUAAGUAAGUACUAUAACCCUGUGACCGACAACAAUGGCCACAGAUGCGCACGAUUGCAGUAUAAUAUUAACCUUCACACGGCCACGGGUGUUAUUUAUAAUAGGCGUGGUGUUGAAAGGGUUAACAAUGAUUCUGAAGCUGUCUCCUAAGGUCCAGCCAUACAAAUGAAAUAUCCAAAAUUGACUCCUUAAAUUUGAACCUAUAGUGUAGGAAAUAGAGUUGAUUUUGCUUUGUUUGAAAACGGAAAGAAAUAAAGCAAAUUCAACUCUGUUACAAUUGAAUAUGAUUUAAAUUUCAUGUAACUGAAUAAGUCCUAUAGGACAUUGGGCCUUAGAAAGAUAAGGGUCUGACGCUGGCCAUUUCAUAUUGAUAAGUUUCAGAUUCCCCGAAACGACCCAUUUGGAUAACCACCCUGUAUUCAAAUAUACUAUACGGUAUAUCGAUUUGGAAAUAAGUUGCGUUGACGUAAUUCCUAGUAAUUAAAUUAUUAACUUAAUAGUUUUCCUCGUUUCAUGUGAAGUUUUCCGUAUAAAUAAAAAAUUAGGUCAAAGAGCAUUGAACUUAAAUGAUUAAGUAAUCAUUAGUUAAUUGAUUUGUUAAUUAAAGUGCCAUAUGAUCCAGUGGUUUUAAUAAAAUAUGUUUUUAAUUUUA